AGUUGCCUCUGAUAAGAUUCAAACUCCCAACCUUUGGGAUGUUAGACAUUCGCAUGAUACACCCACCGAUCCACCCCCACGUUCGCAUUAUAGGCCCACCCAUCCACCCCCACGUUCGCAUUAUAGGCCCACCCAUCCACCCCCACCUAACCAUACCAAAUGUAACAUAUUAUACUAAUUUGCAUGUCCUGGAUUUAUGUUUACUCUGUUAUUUAUAGUCUAUGAGACCAGGGGGUGUGGAUUAGGCGACACCAUUUCCAAGGGGAGUCUGCAAUGGGAAACCCCCCCAAUAAAAUUACAUGUAUAAAAUAUCAAGAUGGGCAAAGGACAGAAGCUUAUUUGUCUCAAUGUUUCUACAAGAAAAUAACUACCUGUAAUUUCUCAAAACAAAACAGAUAAUGACUACAUUCGCGCUUUGGAUAGUAUUGCUGCCUACUGCAGCGUUGAAAUUUGUCGUAAACCUCACACCGAAGGGUCCUAUGGCUCGAGUCGGCGACAGUCUGGUGCUGACGUGCAACGCCAGUGGUUGCGCCGACGCUGUUACGUUCACCUGGGGUACAUUGCUUGACCAACCGCUCUACGGUAAAACGGAGACCAACGGGCCAGUGUCCCUGCAAAUAUUUAACCCCGUGGGAGUUCGGCACAUCAACAAGGUCGUCUGUAAGGCCACAUGCAGAACCAAAGGAGAAAAAGCUCAAACGUCUACUGAGGUGAAAGUCUAUGCCUUUCCAAAGGAUCCCACCAUAUCAAGAACUGACCUUCUGACCGAGGGUCAGGAGAGUAACCUCACCUGUACAGUUCCAGAUGUGUACCCAGCUGACCGUCUAAUCAUCGAGUGGCUACUGGGAGAUGUUCUCUUCAAACAGGACGAACAUCUGGAAGUCCAGACGGCCACCUCAGUGUUUAAAUACAGACCGACAGCCCAGAACAAUGGACAGAAUGUUACCUGCAGAGCCACGCUGGACAUUGAGAUUGACCAGAGAACCAGAGAGACUGUCGCAUCAAUGACAGUUCAAUAUUCCCCCAGAAAUAUCAGUAUCUCAGAGAACACUCAGGUGAAUAUCGGAGACAGUUUUACACUGACGUGUCGUGCUGAGGGGAACCCUGAACCUUCAGUGUUGUGGAGAAGACUGGACCAAGAUGGCCACUCAGUCGUGGCAGGAAAGGGUGCGACCGUAUUGGUGGAAGAGGCGACAUGGUCCCACGGUGGAGAGUAUGAAUGCAUGGCCCACAACGUCAUAGGAAACCGUACAGCUCACAUGACUGUUAAUGUUCAAGGUCCUCCAGAGAAGCCUGUUCUUUAUCUGAGCCCAUCUGGUGAGCUGAAAGCGGGGGACAGUGUGACCAUUACCUGCCAAUCAGAGAGCGGGCCGCAGGGGCGUGUGGCACUACGCCAGGUGACCGGCAGUCAGGGGGCGGAGCUACAGUCCAACCAGGGCCACACCUCCAUCACUGUCCAAUUGCUGACAGCUAGAGACUCGGGACUGUACGAAUGUCAGGCUACCAAUCCCUAUGGGAAACAGACAUCUUCCAUCAACGUCACAGUCAGAGAUGAGCUUUAUACAGAGAACCAGAGAACCAGUAAGAUUGUUGCAUCAAUGACAGUUCAAUCACCGCCCACAAACCUGUCUGUGGAGGUGUUCCCGUCUGCUGAGUUUGAGGAGGGGCAGAAUGUGACCAUCUGGAGCCAGGCUGUGGGGGUCCCCGCCCCCUUGGCCACCCUGAUGAGGCUGCGGGACGGGGUGGAGCUGCACUCCUCCGACGGGACCUUCCACCUGGUCCACCUGGGCCCGGAGCAUGCAGGGCUCUACCUGCUCAACGUCACCAAUGUAGUGGGACACCAGAGCCUCAGCUUCAGCCUCAGCAUCCAGGAUAAAUCCGCCAGUCCAAAGACCGUCAUCAUACCUGCCGUGUGCUCCGUUUCCAUCGUGACCGCGGCAAUGAUUAUGAUACAGUUCCUGAGGAGAGCAAGCAAGACAAGUUCAUAUGAACUUGCAAGGACAGUUUAGACCCCCCCCCCCGUGGAGGGAAGAAAGAUGGUCUCACCCUCAGUUUGCAAUUGAGCACUGGAACAUCCACUUCUAGCAGAGGGGGUGUUUUCCUCUGAGAGGCAGACAGAGCUGUGCUUUCGGCAGUGAGAGACUGUAUUCCUGGCAGCUAUUGGUCAAGUGAAGCUCAAACACACGCACUGAAAUCAUGGUCUAGAUUAAAUCUGUUUCGUUGAAGUUCAGCGCUAUAGCGCGAUUGAAAUGUUAAGGUUUUUUACGAUUGAGCCGACAUAUGCAGCGUUUACCGUGAAUGCAGUCUCCGCGAACGCGGGAACAUUGCCUUUAAAUUUAAAUCGCACUAUAGCGAUGAACUUCCGCGAUACGGAUUGUAUCGAGACCCAUGUGAUUUGUUUAUGUGUAUUCUCUACUGGCGGAUGUACAAAGCCAUGAACAUAACUGAUGAUUCCACAGAUUAUGACUUAUAUCAUCUGAUAAUACUUUAUUAGUCAACCACCAGCUCGGGGCAUUGUGUCUCUGCAGCUCUUUCACUGGAGUUUAUAUUAUUGCUGCACAUACUGAUUUGUUUAAGUUCUGAUGAGGGGGUCCAGAGUAUUAUGUAAUGUUUUUUAUGUGAAUCAGUAAUGAUGAAUCAAUAUGUUUUGUACAGAUUUAUUUUAAUAAAGAUGACAAUGAAAGGUUUGUUUGAAAAGACACUCACAGUGAUUUAGAUAAGAGUUGGAGAACGGGGAAGGAGCAAUGAAAAGUGUCAUUCUGCCAAACAGCAAAACAACAGAGCACACGAAGACAAAAUAGACCUGACUGAGGAUAUGGUCACUCCACAUCAAAGAAACCAUCUCAGAAACAAUGGGACUCAAAUACACUCUCAUGGUCUGCCAACUCUUCUGGGAAGUGUGAGACUAAUCUUCCAUUUUUUUUUUUUUUUCCAAAUCAAAUCUUAUUUGCCACAUGCGCCAAAUACAACAGGUGUACACC